GCGCAGCUGGAGCUCCUCUGAUCGCACGCGCACUGUUCAGAGACCAACCGCGCUGUCAACAUGUUUCUGCUCGGAUUCAGCCUGUGCCUGGCCAUCGUCUAUGGAAUUGUCCCCGAAAUAUCCAAAACAGACAUGGACAUCAUUUCAAACAUGGAAGCAAAUGUAGAAGAAGGACAAACGCCACUGAGCGAUAUGUUCAGAGAGGUGGAGGAACUGAUGGAGGACACGCAGCAGAAGCUGGAGGACGCGGUGCAGCAGAUGGACAAUGAGACAGCAAAAUCCAGCCUCCAUCCACACAACGUCUCUUCAAACCUCCAAAAUUACAGUAUGGAAAUCAUAGCUGGGAAUCAAUCUAUUUAUACUGCUGAGAGAAUCAAUAAGACAACAGACAAUUCAACCGAAGAGACAAACAACUCAACAACCAUACAGCCCAGAGAUGAAGAGAACAGCAUUGAUCACGAGUGUAUCAUUGAUGAAGACUGUGAGAAGGGCAGCUACUGUCUCUACAAAACACAGAGCUCAAAGUGUCUGCCCUGCAAGCACACUGAUGCGACGUGUACCAAUGAUGAGGAAUGCUGUGUGGGACAGCUGUGUGUGUGGGGUCAGUGUGCAAACGGCACAAAGGGGGAUGCAGGAACCAUCUGUCAGUACCAGAGUGAUUGUAAGGAGGAGUUCUGCUGUGCCUACCAUAAAGCCCUGCUGUUCCCAGUGUGCAGCUCUAAGCCAAUAGAACGCGAGCGCUGUAUCAUUUCAGCCAAUCACCUGAUGGAGCUGCUGUCGUGGGAUUUGAAGGCGGAUGGUCCACAAGAGCACUGCCCAUGUGCCGGUGACCUGCAGUGCCAACAUCUUGGACGAGGUGCACUGUGCCUGAAGAGUCAGAACUCCAGCGAGGAGGAGCUCGCCGAUACCCUCUACUCUGAGAUCGACUACAUCGUCUAGUGAGACUCAGCCUGUUUGACAGACAGAUGAAGAGAAGCUGCUGAAACAGACAGGAACGCUUCAUCGUCACUCCAAAGCUUUGUAGGAAACGCCUUCAUUAUAAUCACCCAAACAGCCUCUAAAAUGCAGCUGUGAAGCUGUGCAGCAGAAGAGAUUCACUGAAGGCCUGAAUCUAAAGACCGUUCACACUGACAGCGAUUUGAAAGCAUCAAGCUGCCUGGAAGUCAUACAGUUACGAAGAAAGUUGGUGAUUUGAGGCGACAAGAGUGAUGGCAAUGGUUGGGGGCGUCAAAUGACACGACAAAACUGAAAAAAGUAGAACUUCAGUGAGUGUGAAGGCAAUGGUCACAUGUGAGAUAAUGUAGCCAAGAUGACCACAUUCCCUGCAAUGAUGAUUUGUUUAAUUGGAUUUGUGAUCAGAUUUUCUGAUUCUUUGUUAGGCAGCCCAGCAGUAAUAUUUGGGCAUCCAGCAGAUCAAAUUCAUUGUCAGUGUGAACAGCCCUCGGGUGUUGAAGCUCAACUGUGGGUUUUGAGCACUGGAAAGAAGCACUUAUUAUUAAUGUACAGUAUUAAUGCUUUAAGAAUAUGUCAGGCAGAAAAAACAUAAAGAGGAAAACUGUUGAGAGCCAAUCCAUCUUAGUUUAGUGUAGCAGCCAAAGUGACGCACCCAUACAAGAAACCUCAUGUAAUUUCCCCAAGUAAUAAACACAAACUCGCUCCAGAAAAUAAAAGGUUGGAAAACAUGAAUGUGUUAUCUUUUUUAUAUAUAUAUAAUCUGAACUAAAGUAUGCAUUUAUGACAGUUUUGAAUUUUUCCCUUGAGAUCCACUUAUAUUAGUGACGAUUAAUUUUUUUCCACACUUUUUUUUUUAGUUUUUUUGGGUGUGGUCACUUUUAUCAUUGUUUGGCAAAAUCUGUGCAAAUUUCACAUGAGAGCAAAAGAUUUCCCCAUGCAGAUUUCACAAUGCGUUCAAGUUGGUCAUGUGAAUUUGCUGUGUUGACCAAUAAAAAAUGUGGCUUGGUCUGAAAAUGAUUACUGUGUGAGCUGUGCUUCAUAAAUGGCUACACUAUUGACAACAGACAUUUUUUUACCCACGAAAUUUCACCAAAAUGUUGCUAAUGUGACAUCCAUCUUAAAAGUGCAGCCACAUUUAAUGUAAUUUGGUGAAUUCUCACAGGUCAAAUGCAGUCAUUUCAAUAGGAAUCCAUCCAUGCCAUUGGGAAUUUCACAAAAGGGCAAAGAUUUCCCCUUGCAGAUUUUGGGACGAGUUCAAGUUGGUCGUGUGUAUUUGCCACGUUGACCAACAAAAGCCACUUAGUUUCAAAGUAACAACAGACAAUGGGCGUUUUUUUGCAUGAAAUGCCGCUAAUGUGACCACAUCUUAAAACUACGCAAACACCACCUUCACAUGUGAAAUUACUAUUUUCCAAAAUUUUUAUUUUGUCAUAAUUUAUUCACCCUCAAGUUGU